GGCCGGUGAAUCCAUCAGAAGCUCACUGAUCACCUGCAGACCAGAGACGACACGUACUGAUCGAUCCAUAGCCGUGGAAAGAAAGAUCAAGUUUGAGAGCAAUGGCGGCGGGACUGCAGGUGUUCGGGCAGCCGGCGUCGACGGACGUGGCGAGGGUGCUGACCUGCCUGUUCGAGAAGAACCUCGAGUUCGAGCUCGUCCGCAUCGACACCUUCAAGAAGGAGCACAAGCUCCCCGAGUUCAUCAAGCUACGGGAUCCCACUGGGCAAGUGACUUUCAAGCACGGCAACAAAACCCUUGUCGAUUCACGGGACAUAUGCCGGUACGUGUGCACGGAGUUCCCGGAGGACGGGAACCGGGGCAUCUACGGGACGGGGUCCCUGGAGCGAGCAUCCAUCGAGCAGUGGCUGCAGGCGGAGGCACAGGGCUUCGACGCGCCCAGCUCGGAGCUCGUCUUCCACCUGGCCUUCGCGCCGCAGCUGGCCGAUCACGGCAUGGCAUUCAUCCCGGACGAGGCCCGCGUCCAGGAGAACGAGCGCAAGCUGCAGCGGAUCCUGGCCGUCUACGACGAGAUCCUGGCCAAGAGCCGGUUCCUGGCCGGCGACGAGUUCACCCUCGCCGACCUCUCGCAUCUGCCCAGCUCCCACUACAUUGCCGGCUCCGAGAGGGGCAGGAAGCUCUUCACCGCCAGGAGGAAUGUCGCCAGGUGGUACGGCGAGAUCUCCGGCCGCGAGUCGUGGAAGCAGGUCGUCAAGAUGCAGAGCGAGCACCCCGGCGCCUUCGAGUGAUCGGCGACGGCCGGCUUCGUCUUCGUCUUCGUCGGGCUUCACACUCUGGUCAAUUCGUCGUCAAGGUCGUCCUUCGAUUCGAUCUCGUCUGUGCUCGUUCGUUCGUUCCUUGUCGUGUCGGCUAAAAUAAUGUGAAG